AUGGGCUUCGUCGAUAUCAAAACGACCUUCAAACGAAACCCCUCAACGCCAAGCAUAGUCGCUUAUGUCAUGUUUUAUAUCAGGAUCAACUAUUUAUCCGACGGCCCCUCAUCCGGAUUAUUAGUCAUCAAAAAAGAUAUCAAGAAUCCGUCGCAGUUCAGAAAGGCGAGGUUAGAUGUCGACAUAUAUGGAUUUAUUAUGCAUCUAGUCUUCCAGCCCUUGUAUGCGGGUAAAACUACGAGCGCUCUAGCAAUGCCCGACGGAAUCCUAAAGCGGAAGCGGAAUAUAGACCCAAACGCUGCUCCGGCGAGCACUCCGCUGUCGAAAGAACAAGGAACGGGGCCAAAAAGCAAACCCAGCUCCGGAAACAAUCGACAUGGCAGAGUCACGGAGGAUUUCGAAGCUCUUCUUGAACCAUUCUAUUACGAUAAAUCGCUGACGGAUCCAAUCAAUACGCAACGGGAUAAAUGGAAUCUUCUUCCGGCAUUUUUAAAAGUCAAGGGCCUCGUGAAGCAGCAUAUCGAUUCUUAUAACUACUUUAUUGAAGUUCAGUUGAAAAAGAUCGUCCAAUCGAGCGCCGAAAUUCGCAGUGAUGUAGACCCUAAUUUCUAUAUCAGGUUCCAUGAUAUCUAUCUAGGCACUCCUAGACGAGCAGACGAAGAGCAGUCCGAGGAUUCACGCUUCAAAGUCGAGUCCACCGUCAAUCCGAACGAAUGCCGCUUGCGAGAUAUGACCUAUGCCGCUCCGAUAUUGGUGGAUUUUGAAUACGUUCGUGGGCGCCAACGAGUGAAACGCAAUGGGACGGCGAUUGGCCGCAUGCCAGUCAUGCUUCGCAGCUCGAAAUGUGUGCUUUCGGAUAAAUCGCCAAGGGAGAUGUAUUUGCUGCACGAAUGCCCUCUGGAUCCCGGAGGCUAUUUUAUUGUUAAUGGAACUGAGAAGGUUAUCCUUGUUCAAGAACAAUUGAGUAAGAACAGAGUGAUUGUUGAGGCGGAUCCCAAAAAGGAGGUUGUUCAAGCCUCUGUUACCAGUUCAUCUAACGAAAGGAAAUCCAAGAGCUAUAUUAUCCUCAAAAAGGAUCGCAUAUACAUGAGACACAAUAUUCUUAGCGAUGACAUACCAAUUGUCAUUUUUCUGAAAGCAAUGGGAAUACAGUCUGAUAAGGAAAUGCUACUCCUCGUUGCCGGAAUAGACAGCGUAUAUCAAGAGGAUUUUGCUAUUAAUUUCGAAGAAGCAGUCAAACUUGGAAUCUUUACACAACAACAAGCCUUGGAAUACCUUGGGUCACACAUCAAAAUCAUGCGAAAGCCAAAUGGAUAUGGCGGUCCUGGUGGCCGUCGAAAUUAUAUCCAGGAAGCCGUCGAGGCCAUCGCAUCAGUCAUUAUAUCGCACGUCGAAGUGGACAAUAUGAAUUUCCGGCCAAAAGCACUGUUCGUCGGACACAUGGUACGCCGCGUUCUCAUGGCGAAACACGACUCUACUCUGGUCGAUGAUCGUGACUACGUUGGUAAUAAACGACUCGAAUUAGCUGGCCAGCUAUUGGCCCUUUUGUUUGAAGAUUUGUUUAAAAAAUUCUGCUUUGAUAUCAAAAUGAACAUUGACAAGGUACUCAAAAAGCCUGUCCGCACGGAAGCAUUUGACGCUUUUGGGGUUGUUGCUAUACAUGGAAACCAUAUCACUCAAGGUAUGAAUCGUGCAAUAUCAACAGGUAACUGGAGUCUCAAGCGAUUCCGCAUGGAACGUGCUGGAGUAACACACGUUCUGAGUCGACUGAGUUAUAUCUCGGCGCUGGGCAUGAUGACUCGCAUAUCCAGUCAGUUUGAGAAGACUCGAAAGGUCAGUGGUCCGCGUGCGCUUCAGCCUUCGCAGUUUGGCAUGCUCUGCCCUUCUGAUACCCCCGAAGGUGAAGCUUGUGGCCUGGUUAAGAAUCUUGCUCUCAUGACCCAUAUCACAACCAAUGACGAAGAAGAGCCUGUUCGAAAGCUGGUGUUUGCCCUUGGAGCCGAAGACGUGCAAGCUGUCGGUGGAAGAGAAUUCUACAGUCAAGGGGCAUACAUCAUUUUCCUGAACGGCUCGCCUAUUGCCUUGACCCGGCGCCCAAAACAUUUCCUGACUUCGUUUCGACGCUUACGACGAACAGGACGAGUUUCGGAAUUUGUCAGUGCAUAUAUAAAUCACCAUCAAAAUGCUGUUCAUAUUGCCACUGAUGAUGGCCGAAUUUGUCGUCCAUUGAUCAUCGUUGAAAACAAAAAAGCAAAAGUUACAGUCCGCCAUUUGUCUAUGCUACGUAAUGGCACCAUGGCAUUUGAUGAUUUCUUGGAUCAAGGUCUUGUUGAAUACGUUGACGUCAACGAAGAAAAUGACUCUUACAUUGCCGUGUAUGAAAAUGAAAUCAACGGAAGUACCACACACUUGGAAAUCGAACCUUUCACGGUCUUGGGCGCAGUGGCCGGGCUUAUCCCUUACCCACAUCAUAACCAAUCUCCCCGAAACACCUACCAAUGCGCUAUGGGCAAACAAGCCAUUGGGGCAAUCGCCAAUAACCAGUUUCUUCGUAUCGACUCUCUGCUAUAUACCAUGGUUUACCCUCAGAAGCCUAUGGUGAAGACAAGGACCAUUGAGCUUGUCAAGUAUGACAAGUUGCCCGCCGGGCAGAAUGCCACCGUUGCUGUUAUGAGUUACUCCGGUUACGACAUUGAGGAUGCUCUGGUCCUAAAUAAAGGAUCCGUCGAUCGCGGGUUUGGACGUUGCCAGGUGUUCCGUAAGUAUUCUGCCAACCUCAAGAGUUAUUCCAAUGGCACAAAAGACAGACUACUGGGACCAACUCGUGCCGAUGGCGUAUCCAUUCGAAAGCACGCUUUACUCGAUAACGAUGGACUGGCAGCCGUUGGUGAAAAGGUGAGCAGCGGCGAAGUGUACAUCAACAAAGAAACACCUGAAAAUGCUCUUUCUUCUGGAAUCACUGGCUCAGACGCUGGAGGACCCGUUGCCUAUCUUCCCUCCCCGCAGACCUACAAGCUCCCCGAUCCAAGUUACAUAGAUAAAGUAAUGAUAUCCACGACUGAAGGCGAAAACCAACUCCUCAAGGUUCAAACACGACAAACCCGGCGCCCGGAAGUUGGCGAUAAAUUCUCUUCUCGCCAUGGCCAAAAGGGAGUCGUCGGCAUUAUUGCUGAGCAAGCUGAUAUGCCCUUUACAGACGAAGGCAUAGUGCCAGAUAUUAUCAUGAACCCUCACGGUUUUCCCUCUCGUAUGACUGUUGGCAAGAUGCUUGAACUCGUCGCCGGCAAAGCUGGCGUUCUUUCCGGUCAAUUUGGCUACGGCACUCCCUUCGGCGGCAGCCCCGUUGAAGAAAUGUCCGCAAUCCUCGUGUCCAAGGGCUUUAGCUAUGGUGGCAAAGAUUUUCUCACGUCCGGUAUCACAGGAGAACCUCUGCCCGCCUAUGUCUUCACUGGCCCAAUCUACUACCAAAAGCUCAAGCACAUGGUCCAGGAUAAGAUGCAUUCUCGAGCCCGUGGCCCGCGAGCCAUGCUCACACGCCAGCCUACUGAAGGUAGGUCGCGCGACGGUGGUCUCCGCCUUGGAGAGAUGGAACGUGACUGUCUUAUUGCAUACGGCACCAGCCAAUUGCUACUGGAACGAUUGAUGAUAUCGUCGGAUCGACACGAGGUGGACGUGUGCGAGAGCUGUGGUUUUAUGGGUUAUUUGGGCUGGUGCCAGCGUUGCAAGUCAUCUAGGGGUGUCGUGAAAAUGGUGAUUCCCUAUGCGGCGAAGUUGUUGGUUCAGGAGCUUUUUAGCAUGAAUGUUGCUGCCCGAUUAAAGCUCAUGGACGAGUUUCCCGAGGAAAAGGGGAUGUGA